CGAUCUGAGCCGUGACAGCCUGAGACAUCCCCGAGAAGCUGGCCAACAAACAGUACUUGAAACGAUCCCUGUCGUUGGAUGGCGGCCCAGUGGGAGCAGCUGGUCGCCGAGGCGGUCGACGCGCUGCUGAAUCGUGAAAAUGCUGCCCAGCGACUGAGUGUGCACCACCUGCCGCUGCAGCAGCUGUUCGCGCUGUGUCACCCUGGAGUGGCUCCUCGGGCACAGCGCACGGACGACACGGAAGGCUUACCCGUUCUUGGUGUGACCCUCGUGCGCCUCCUGGACGCUUGCCUCUCUGCGGCCGCCUCGCUACCGGACGACGACUCGCGGCAGAGGUCGGUCGACAGCAUUGUGGCGGCCUUCUGCCGCUCGGCCCUCCGUGAGGCGCACUGCCGAGCAGCAGCGCCCCCUGCUCCUACCAGCUCCACUGAUGAAAUGCAGCAAGUUCCGGGCACGGGCAUGGACCGUGUCUUCCUGGACGCCUCCUUCGCACUGCUGGCGGCGCUGUUAGCAAGGCACCGCGCCAGCCUGGGCAACGAGCAACUCCGACUGCUGCACACGGCGUGGGGCGUACCGACCGCAGUCACGCACGGUGCCGCCUCACCACCGCAGCCUAGUUCUGGUGGAGAAAGCCUCACGGGAUCCAGGCCGUCAGAAGCCGGCACGGGCAUGGGACAGCAGCAGGCUAGGCUAGGCACCGCGUCGUUGAGCAGCGGUCUAGCUGGCGCAGAUUUCAAGUGCAUGGUUGCGGUGGGGCAGCUGCUGUUUGGCCGAACGUCACAGAUACAGCACAUGGACUGUGGCGGUAGCGGGAGCGGCGGCGUGCUGAAAGACGCCUCUGGGGGGCAGCAGCGGCGCCGUGUGCUGCUCCAGACGAUGGCAGGGACGCCGGCUGCAUUGGACCUGUGUGCUGCAGCGGCCGUUGCGGACACCUUCCCGGGGCUCGCCGCUGCAGAUGAGGCCGGGCUCGAACAGCUCACGUGCUGGCUGCAGUGCGGGUACCAGCAUGGCGGAGCUCCUGUCUGCAUUGCACCGUUGGGACCAGAGCCGUGGCAUGACGAUUGCAGGGCCCCGGCUGCCCUGCUUGCAGAGGCGCUGCGGCAACACCCGGCCGAGGUGGUGUCCGCGGUGCAUGCGCCCCUGCUUGCGAUCGCGGCGGCCCAUGCUCCACAGCUCCUCCAGACGCUCCUGCAUGUGGUGGCGAGCCUGCUGCACCAACAGCAGCAUGCGGUCACGGCCAUGCAUGAUGGGUGGGCUGAAGGCGACGAAGAGGAGGGGGACAUAGAUGGCUGGGGCGCUUGCAGCAGCUUAGUUGCAACGUGUGCGCCAGAGCGCGAGGCCGGCCCCUUGCGGGGCCAGCUGCGGGAGCUACAUCUCGCGCUGCAUUCACUGGGGCUGGACAUGGGGUUGCUGCUGCAGCAGCACAUGGCCAUGGGCGGCAGCACAGCCGUCAGCGGCAGCUGGCAAGCCUAAGAGCAGCAUUAGCUUAGGCUAUCGGCUUGCCAUGGAUAUAUGUGUGUUCACCACUGACGCAAUAGUGAGAUGCGCAGAUGCGCUGCAUGAACUCCUGAUGACAGUAGCGUGGCUAACGUGCAGUAAGGGAGAGCCUCCUCGGUAUGAGUGUAGGCGAGCCGAGAUGACGACGGUUGCCCCGUGUCCGACUAUUAGCCCAGUCCCGACGCAAACGACAGCGGUAGAAUAGACGCCAUGUUGGCCGAUGUGAAUGUGCCGGCUGCCAUGGCCGUACGCCCGUACCCGUGCCAGUGCACACUUUGUGACAGGCGUGGUUUUGGUGUUGUGGGAGGGGGAUGCGUGUCCGAUUUUGGUUGGUCUAGAACGUGAGUGCCGCUACGGCUAGUGUCGGGCUGUGAAUUACUGUAUGUCUGGAGUUUACAAAUAACGGCAAAUGUCCACAUUAGGUCAGUCUCGGUCCUUACGUCCCGUGGGAUGCAAUACGGCAGCCCGCGGCUGAAUUCGUGCAAUGGAACCUUUGCGGCACAUGGAAUUGACGUGCGUUGCGGAACUAAUGCGUACGUAGACGGGUUGCAGUGUGGUGGUGGCCGCAGGCGAACACUAUCAUAGCUUACAUGUCAGCAGAUGCCAAGCACUGACCAAGAUAACAGCCCGACAUUGACCAGGAUGGAUUGAGGCAGAGUAGUAUGGACUGAGGCAGCGCAGUACGGACUAAGGCAGGGUAGUUGUUGCUGCAAGGCGCGUGUGAAUGCACGGUAAGCAUUCGGCCUGUGACCACCUCAGCCUCGCCCAGUACAGGAACCUGCAUUAGGUCGUCUUGGCCACAAUAAUAGCCUACGCCCCUACUGGAAGCAUCAUCGCCAGCGGAAUAGCCUACAGACCGACCGGCUCAUGGCGCCGCGGGGGCAUUUGCCCUUCCAGAGGGACAUCCGUGGCUCACGGCCUCACGCCAUGACGCCAUAAUUUCUACGUUCCCACACGCCGUGCCAGUGUGUUUGGUGUAGGCCUAGUACAGGCGAUAACCGGUGCUGUGUAAGAGGGUGAAGAACGCUGCACAGAUUCACAGUGCUAAACAGCUGCUUAUAUCACACACCUUGCGCACAUACAUAGGAAUGGCCGCAUAGGCCGCAGAAGCCACGUUCCCUGACUUGCAGGCACAAAUUCGUGCACCGCACGAAGGCGUGCUGAAGCCCAACUAGUUGUCAGCACCAUAACCUCAAACGCAAGUACACAAGAAGGAGCGGAUCAUAACUGGGCUCAAUAAGGCACUCGAGACCAUCACACCAUCCACUGGUGUGUAAAGUACGAUAUCCUGGUACCGGAAGCUUUAACCUAAACAAAGUGGCCCUCUCCAUAUAGAAGGUAGCAGCCAGCGGCUCAUAUGCUGCCAACACACAGCAUACAGCAUCGCAACACGAAUGCGUGCGCGCAGCCAAUUGUCCUGCCCUGACACUGUCAAAAGGCGACACC